GAAGGAAAUCUGCAGCAGAUUUGGCAUCCACUGCUGACACUGAGAAGACACAAGAGAAGGAAAUCUGCAGCAGAUUUGGCAUCCACUGUGGAAUUCAAACUGCACUAAUACUCACAUCCACACAACUAACAUGUGUUUGUCUGAACUGAAGGUCUUCAUCUGGGACAUCUGCAUCAUCUGCAUCAUCAUCAUCAUGAAGUUGCUGGUUGUGUUUCUCCUCGUUGGAACCAUGAUGGUCCUGUCAGAGGGUUUUCCAGAACCAGAGCCUGGACCUGAGGCCAAACCAACUGAAGGAAGUGAACCUGAGACAGAAUCACCAGAUGAAGACAAGAACAGUGUUGUCAAGAGAGCAGCAGGAUGCCCCUUUGGUUGGACACAAUUUGGACGUCGCUGUUUGAUUGUGAAUGCACCAAUGAAGUGGACUGAUGCUCAGAAUCACUGCCUGUCCAUGAAAGGAAACCUUCUGUCUAUUCACAAUGUGUAUCAGAACAGCUGGGCCAUGAGUUUGAUGGGGGGCAGACGGACAUGGAUUGCAGGAUCUGAUGCGCAAGAAGAUGGUCAGUGGUUCAAUGUUGAUGGUACACGCUUCAACUAUGCAAACUGGUGUCAUGGAGAGCCAAACAACCACGGUGGCCAAGAGCACUGUGCAGAAAUUAACUAUUCAGAUCAAAGGUGCUGGAAUGAUGCGCCUUGUUUGAUGCACCUUCAUUCCAUCUGUGCCAGAAAAGUGAAUCCCUGAGCAAACAGAGGCAUGAAGUGAAAUCACAACCAGUCAGCGCAGUGUGUUUGUGUCUACAGUUUGUACAUCGGUCUGUCUGUGUCAUCAGUCUCAUAGAUAAACUGGUGACUUGAUAUUUGAAAUCAAACCUGUAUUUCUUUUCUUUUCUCGCUGUAACGCUACACAUGGAAAGAAGCGACAAGUCAAACGUGAACUGCAGGUGGACUGCUUUAGGACCUGGUGUCUCAUAAAAGAGCAGAUUGAACGGUUCUGAAAAGAUGCUUUUAGCUCAACUUCAUUCUGAUUCUGUUCUUCUUCAAUCAUGCAUGAAUAAAAAGAUUUAAGCAU